CUGAGCCUAGGCGGUCUUUAGCCUCAGUCUGAUCUGAGCAUGUAGGCUGGAACCAUAAACACAUCCUGAAGCAAGCUUUACCCUAGUAAACCCCACAGCACCGAGACAUGCUACAUCCCCAUGAGCUCAGCCGCGGACGUAUGUUCUUGGAUAGAUCUCGGUUCUUAUAGCGCCAGUUAUAGGUUUGAGAAGCGGGAGGAGAUGACCGCGAGGAAAGCCGCUUUUCAACCGCUGUCCAGCUCUCGCAUCCCGGAGAGGAAGGGAGCGGCUGACCGGGUGAAGACUAACUCCGACUGGUCUUAUCCUUUCUCCCAACAGGAGCCGGAGAAAGGCCAAUCAACAGCAGGGAUCCAUGCCCAUGUGGUCGGGGCUGUCGGGGGUUCUGGGGCCGUGGAUGAGUCGUCAGACAGCGAGGGAGAACAAGAAGGCCCGCAGAAACUCAUUCGGAAAGUGUCGACCUCCGGACAGCUCAGAAGCAAGACCAGUGUGAAAGAGGGAUUGUUGCUGAAACAGACAAGCUCAUUCCAGAGGUGGAAAAAACGCUAUUUCAAACUGAGAGGACGAACACUCUACUAUGCCAAAGAUGCCAAGUCACUGAUAUUUGACGAGGUGGACCUAUCUGAUGCCAGCGUGGCUGAGUCCAGCACUAAGAAUGUUAACAACAGCUUCACGGUGAUCACUCCGUUCCGCAGGCUCAUCCUCUGCGCAGAAAACAGGAAAGAGAUGGAGGACUGGAUCAGCUCGCUGAAGUCCGUCCAGUCCCGAGAGCAUUACGAGACAGCACAGUUUAAUGUGGAACAUUUCUCAGGGAUGCACAACUGGUAUGCCUGCUCCCACGCACGGCCCACCUUCUGUAACGUCUGUAGGGACAGCCUCUCUGGCGUCACCUCCCACGGCCUGUCCUGUGAAGUGUGUAAAUUCAAAGCUCACAAGCGGUGUGCCGUCAGGGCCACCAACAACUGCAAAUGGACCACACUGGCCUCUAUAGGCAAAGACAUCAUCGAGGACGAGGAUGGGAUCGCCAUGCCCCACCAGUGGCUGGAGGGAAACCUGCCUGUUAGUGCCAAGUGUGCUGUGUGUGACAAGACCUGUGGCAGCGUGCUCCGACUGCAGGACUGGCGCUGUCUCUGGUGCAAAGCCAUGGUACACACAGUGUGUAUGGACCUGUACCCCAGGAAAUGUCCGCUGGGCCAGUGUAAAGUCUCUGUCAUCCCUCCUACUGCCCUCAACAGUAUCGACUCUGACGGCUUCUGGAAGGCCACCUGUCCCCCGUCCUGCGCCAGUCCUCUUCUGGUCUUUGUCAAUUCCAAGAGCGGAGACAACCAAGGGGUUAAAUUCCUCCGACGUUUCAAGCAGCUCCUCAACCCUGCUCAGGUGUUUGACCUGGUCAACGGAGGACCACAUCUAGGGCUGCGUCUCUUCCAGAAGUUCGAUAACUUCCGGAUCCUGGUGUGCGGAGGGGAUGGGAGUGUAGGCUGGGUCCUCUCUGAGAUAGACAAACUCAACCUCCACAAACAGUGCCAGCUGGGAGUUCUCCCCCUGGGUACUGGGAAUGACCUGGCGCGGGUGCUGGGCUGGGGCCCGUCGUGUGAUGAUGACACGCAGCUGCCCCAGAUCCUGGAGAAACUGGAGCGGGCCAGCACCAAAAUGUUGGACCGCUGGAGCAUCAUGACCUACGAAAUUAAGAUCCUUUCCAAACACAGCGGGCCUGUCACGCCCGACGACACUGACCAUGACCAGUUCCAGAUCUCAGCCUAUGAAGACUCGGUAGCUGCCCAUCUCACCAAGAUCCUCAAUGCUGACCAAAACUCUGUGGUCAUCUCCUCUGCUAAGAUCCUGUGUGAGACAGUAAAGGACUUUGUUGCCAAAGUGGGGAAGUCCUAUGAGAGAAGCACUGAGAAUACAGAGGAGUGUGACACCAUGUCUCUCAAAUGUGCCAUCCUGAAUGAGAAGCUAGAUUUGCUCCUUCAGACCCUCAACACAGAAACCCAGUCAUUUCCCCCACCACCUCGCCUUUCCACACCCCCCAUCGUUGAGGAGGAGGAAGAAGAGGAGGAGGUGAGCGAGGAAUCGUUGACCGAGCUGAAGGAGAAACUGGAAGCGGAGGAGAGUGAGAAGGGAGGAGAAAACGGAGGAGGUUCGCCACACAAGAUGUUCAGAGCUAAAGAGCAGUUGAUGCUACGGGCAAACAGCCUGAAGAAGGCUGUACGAGAGAUUAUGCAACAGGCAGAGAGAGUGGUGGAUGAGCAGAAUGCCAGCACGGAGGAGCAGGAGCUGCCAUCCACGUUUGAGUUCAGGAAGGAGGGAGAGGAGGACAACAGGGACAGUGAAAAGGACGAGGACACCAAGGAACUAGAGAUCCUGCCAUUGGCUAAGAGUCCUUGUUCCCCUUCUGAAAGGUGUGUGAGUCGCAGCAGCCAAUCAUGUGGCUCUUUCUCCAUCACACCCUUCACCACCAGCAAGGAGAACCUGCCUGUACUCAACACACGUAUCAUCUGCCCUGGUUUGCGUGCUGGUCUGGCAGCCUCUAUAGCUGGUAGCUCCAUCAUCAGUAAGAUGCUGCUGGCCAAUAUCGACCCAUUUGGAGCUACGCCCUUUCUGGACUCUGACCUGGACUCACUAGAGGGCUUUAGUGAGAAGUGUGUCAUGAACAACUACUUUGGCGUUGGGCUGGAUGCUAAGAUCACAUUGGAGUUCAACAACAAGAGGGAAGAACACCCAGAGAAGUGCAGGAGUCGUACUAAGAACAGGGUAUGGUAUGGGGUUCUGGGCACCAAGGAACUCCUCCAGAGAACCUAUAAGAACCUAGAACAGAAGGUUCAACUGGAGUGUGACGGUCAGUACAUCCCCCUGCCCAGCCUUCAGGGCAUUGCGGUGCUGAACAUCCCCAGCUAUGCAGGUGGAACCAACUUCUGGGGAGGAACCAAGGAGGACGACAUAUUCUGUGCCCCAUCGUUUGAUGAUAAAAUCCUGGAGGUGGUAGCAGUGUUUGGCAGUAUGCAGAUGGCUGUGUCCAGAGUCAUCAAACUGCAACACCACCGCAUAGCACAGUGUCGCUCAGUGAAGAUCACUAUCCUGGGAGAGGAGGGUGUUCCUAUCCAAGUGGACGGAGAGGCCUGGGUACAACCUCCUGGAGUCAUUAAGAUCCAACACAAGAACAGAGCCCAGAUGUUGACCAGGGACAGGGCGUUUGAGAACACUCUGAAGUCGUGGGAGGACAAGCUGAAGUAUGACAAGCUGCCCUUGCGGUCUCACCUUUACUCCCAGCAGUCUGUGGACCUGGCUACUGAGGAGGAGGUGGCCCUCGUACAGCUGGUUGCCCGCGCUGCAGACGAUCUCAUCACCAGGAUCUGUGAGGCAGCCAAGACCAAUGGGCUUUUAGAGCAGGAGCUGGCUCACGCCGUCAACGCCUCAUCACACGCCAUCAACAAGACACACCCCAAGUUAGCCGAGAGUAUGGCCAGGAACACUGCUAUAGAAGUAGCCAGCAAUGUGAAGGCUUUACACAACGAGACUGAAUCCCUUCUGGUGGGACGAGUAUCACUGCAACUGGAACCCUCAGAUGAAGAGUCUUUAUCCAGUGCUCUGCAGAGUGUGGAGAUGGAGCUAGGCAAACUUGUAGAUAUUCCCUGGUUAUACCAUAUACUGCAGCCUAAUGAAGAUGAGGACCCCUCGUUAGAGUAUGGCAAGAGCAACAGUCGUAGCAGCAUGUUCAGAAUUGUGCCAAAGUUCAAGAAAGAGAAAACUACCAAGAAGACCAACCCUCAGUCAGUGGAGCGAUGGGGUACAGAGGAGGUAGGAGUCUGGCUGGAGCAGCUCAGUCUGGGAGAGUACAGAGAUACCUUCACACGCCAUGACAUCAGAGGCUCUGAACUGCUGCACCUGGAGAGGAGGGACCUGAAGGAUCUGGGGAUAUCGAAAGUGGGUCAUAUGAAGAGAAUUCUCCAGGGAACUAAGGACCUGGCCAAGACCGCAAUGGUUGACCUCUAACCCAGAAGUAGUUGGUGGCCAGAGUGGAAGUGCCCUUCCACCACAGAGAAAGAGUUUGGGAGCUCUGCAGGGAGAGCUGAACGCCUGGCAUCUUGGGGUGGAUGGAUGGAUUUGAUCCUUUGAUGGAUUUAAGAAAGCUGUUGGUGAGAAAUUGUCUAACAGGAAUGUUUUCGUGAGGCUGUGUUUGGUGCCAAAAUAGAAGAUGGCAAUCUACAGUUGUUGACAGUUUAAAGAAGGAAGCCAUAGUUUUUCAAAAAAAAAAAGCUAAUUUUCUCUAAUCAUAUUUUCAUUCAUGGCCCAAUCGGGUAUGCAACUGAUCCUCAUUAUAAGAGUUGGUUUGGUCAUCUGGCCUCAUAGAGAAGGCCCAAUCCAAGUAGCAACAAGGUGACUUCCAUGAGUGUGCCCUAACAAUGUGCUGUGAGUGUGUACAGUUCAGCACAGUCACUACAUUACCAUGCAGCUUUGUGAUUGGCUUACUGGCUCUUUCCCUGGCAGUAGAAGGCUACAGACGCAACGCUACAGUCUGCAAUAUCCUGCUUUCGCUGUUUACACCAGAGGAGAUAGGCGACGUCCCAAAUAGCACCCUCUUCCCUAUGUAGGGCACUACUUUUAAGUGGUGCACUAUGUAUGGAAUAGGGUCUAAUUACAGACGUGCCCUGGGAGAAGGAGAUGCAAUGCCACAACCUAAAGCGAGUGAAGAGAGGUCUCUGAAAACAGUGAGACAUAUGUUGCAUGCUAUGCUAGCUUGAUUUGGGAUAUCAAUUUUGAAUUGCAAGAUUAGUGUCUUGGUUCUUUUGUGAAAAAAUGACUUUAGUAUUAUUAUACCAUUUGUUACUACUGAAAGCAUUAUUUUGGUAUGAAUCAACCUUUUUUGUUAAUUAUUUUUAUUUAUGUUUUUGUUUUUGCAUGAUAAUUAUGUGUCAAGGACCUGUGUCAUGUGCCAUAUUUUAUUCAUUUUAUUGUAAAAAUGUGCUUUAUUGGUAAGAGAACAUCAGAAUAUAAGACAAGUUACUAGAUUAACUAUUAGGAGUUAUACUUUGUUUUCUGUUGAAAUGAAAAUCAGUACCAAAGUGAAUGUCCACUAAACUUCCAGACAUAAAUGUUAACUUUGAAAGUAGUGAAAAUAACAUAAUCAUGUUUGGGAUGAAUAUCAGUUCCAUAUAGAGUGUUAGAAAUUGGAUUCUAGAAUUCUGGAAACGUUCAAUAAAUUCCCUGGUUUCCCAGAAAUCUUGGUUGGAGGAUUUGCAUUUCCUGCUUCUUAUCUUCUGAGUCCGGAAAACCUCCAACCGGGAUUUCGGGAAAACCACAGGAUUUAUUUACAUUUCCCGGAAUUUUGCAACCCCAGCUGUAAUCCAACAAUUUCAUAUUUUUAUGGAACGCUUGACAGGGAGUUUUCCAUGUUGCUAUUUGCAAAGUUACAUCCUCAUAUCACUAGAUACAAUUCACCGCAAUCUCUAGCAUUUAAACACUCAAUAUUUCACAGAGUAACACUAUGGUAGUGGGAAUAGGAGUUAAAUGUUGAUUUAAGUAUAAGUUUGAGCAGCUCAUCUGCAACAGGAGAAAGUGCAGAUUUAGUUGCUCAGUUUGACAUGUAAUUGUAAUAGGACACUUUUGUUAGGUUGGUGGCAUUACAGGGUAUACCUAUAUAUGUGAUGCUAAGUAUGCAUAUACAAUAUAUGCACUGAAUAUAUACAAUCUAAAGCAGUGUAUGCAUACACUGUUAGUAGCUUUUGUAGUCAAAUGCCGUUGUAGAUUAUAGCUAACAGCAAACACGUUUUGAUGACCAUGUCUAUUGAUUUGCGCCAUGAACACCAAUUGUGGAUUAUUGAUUUUGUUAAAUAGGAUAAUCUGUCCUGAUUUUGUUAAAUAGGAUAAUCUGUCCUGAUUUUGUUAAAUAGGAUAAUCUGUCCUGAUUUUGUUAAAUAGGAUAAUCUGUCCUGAUUUUGUUAAAUAGGAUAAUCUGUCCUGAUUUUGUUAAAUAGGAUAAUCUGUCCUGAUUUUGUUAAAUAGGAUAAUCUGUCCUGAUUUUGUUAAAUAGGAUAAUCUGUCCUGAUUUUGUUAAAUAGGAUAAUCUGUCCUGAUUUUGUUUAAUGCUGUUGUAUUCUAACGGAGGUGCAAUAUUAUAUUGGUUUUGGUCGUCUUUCUGACGUGAUGUUUUGCUGUGGGGAAAACCCAAAGGGUUAACCGACCGACUUUUAAACUAAAUAGCGUUUCUUACUAAUUUCAUUUUCAUUCAAAAUUCUUCCAACAGCUCACUGGUUUUUAGUCUUGUUCCCCUGUGCUUCCAGGAUGAUUCUCAAAGCAGGUUGCAGGAAAUAAUAGACCGUGUUACUGACUAUGUGAGACUGUUGAACGGGCAGACCUGACUGUUGUUCUGUGCUUUAUGUAUCUAAGAACCCUUGUAUGUCCAUUUACGUCAGCUAAAUACUUAGCAUCAACUGUAUGUUUAUCAUUGAUCAGCCAAGUUAUAUUAUCAAUGAUCCUAUAUCAUCAAGCCUUCUUUUUUAUAAUUUUUUACCUCAACAAAACUGUUCGAAUCAGGAUUGUGGCUUGCUUAAUUUCAUAGUCCUCAUGUACCAUAAUAUUUAUUAACAAAUGGAAAUAGGAAGUUAUACCAUGUUUGCAUGAUAAUUACAUUUAGGUUUAUUUGGGAUUAAGAAAGAAAUUAAUCCGUACUAGUUAGUUACCAAUUGUGUUCACUUAUUUGGAGUAAGCACCAGAAAGUAGCAUGUAUCUUUUACUCCAUAAUUUUGCAGUAUAUAAAGGACUGUAAAAUAAAGCAUUACCACCCACCUCUCUUUUGGUGGCCUAUCAAGAGAAUUCACAUUAUCAAGAAGAAUAUAAUUGUUGCUUAUGCUCACAAUCAAGUAUAAAAAAAAUGUAAACAUGAAACCCAAAACACAAGGAUUUUUAAUCCCCUAAAACAUUAACCUCUUUUUGGCGAAAGAAGUUAGAUUUUAGAAUUAUGCCAAGAGCAUCUAAAUCAUACCUUAGUAAAUGGUCUAGACAAAAAAAGGCUUUUAUUGCAAGUAUGAUUGUUAUGAAGAAACAAAACAUAGCCACAAGCUAGCUAGGUUCCUAACCAAAGACAUGAAUGAAACAUUCUGAACAUUCAGUCUUUUUUGAAAUUCUAAGUAUCCAAGCCACAGUUCUUGAUCAUCAUUUAUGUGUCUUGUUGUCUUUAGAGCCCCGUUUCCACUGGCACUUAACAUUAGGGCCCAGUUUGGUUCCAAAUUCGAGCUGGCUCAAAUGGAAUUCUUAAAUUCGAGCUGGCUCAAAUGUAGCAACAUUAGCGAAGCCAGCUGCAGUCACAUAUUGGCUACCUAGCAGCGUGACAUAAUUUCAUAUUUCUUGGCCAGCCCAACCUGGGUUGACUUUAAAGUGCCAAUGGAAACAAUGCUUACGUGGCUUAGGUAUGGGCUGGUUUCACAGACAUAGACAGAUGGAUUUUAAGUUCUAGCUGUUGUUCUCAGAGUAGUUUGACCUUGGAAUACAUAGUUCUGUAUUUAUAUUAAAACCACAUUUUCAGUAGUCUGAAUUCAAGUGCAAUCUAUGUAGUUUAUGUCUGCACAGCUGCAGGAAGUAGGAGUGCUGAGGGUGCUGCAGCACCGUGUGAAAAAUUCAAAGUUAAAAAAAAAUAUAUAUAUAUAUAUAUGUAUUUUUUUCUCCACAAAAGUAGUGCACUAGGCCCUUAGUACUCCUGUAUUAGUGGACCGAUCUAGCCGUCUGUAACGCGGCCCAACAUUUUUUUUGCAGCAUCGCCGCAGCACCCCCACCCCCAAACUACUUCCUGCGGCUAUGUACUGUGUGUCUGUGUUUCAAGCUCUGUGUGAUUUAAUCUGAGCUGAGGUUCCUCACGGCAGGUCACACUCACGGCUUCAGUUCCCAGGCUGUAUGUGUGUGUUGUCUAUCUCUGUGUGUCUGUCUGAAGGGUGUCUGUCUGUCUGAAGGGUGUCUGCCUGGUUCUGUAUGAGAGUGCUGUCUGUCUCUGUGUGUCUGUCUGAAGGGUGUCUGUUUGUCUCUGUGUGUGUGUCUGUCUGUCUGAAGGGUGUUUGGCUGAUUCUGUAUGAGUGUGCUGGACCCCAGACUACAGAGAGAGAGCUUGAGUUCUCCAAUUUAGGUAGAGGUUUCCCAUGGGCACAGAUCUUAGCUCACCUUACCUCCCCCAAUCCUAACCAUAACCAUUAGGGUGGGGGAAACGCAAAACUGAUCUUAGAUCAGCAUCCAUGGGCAACAUCAUCCAUCACCAUGUUUUCCAAUGGUAUGUAUAUAUAAUGCUGAAAACUGCCUGGUUUUCAUAAACCAACCAAACCCUAUGUGAGGACUCUUAAGAUGGGGUAACCCGAUAGUCUUUAACAUGGUUAAUAACAUGGUGGAAGAGAAGUGAGAUUCAUUUGUUUACAUUGUUUACAAUGGCACAGUUUUACUUGCUAAGGAUAAAAAAUAUAUAAACUCAGCAAAAAAGGAAACAUCCUCUCACUGUCAACUGCGUUUAUUUUCAGCAAAUUUUCAGCAAAUUUAACAUGUGUAAAUAUUUGUAUGAACAUAACAAAAUUCCACAACUGAGACAUAAACUGAACUGAAGUUCCACAGACAUGUGACUAACAGAAAUUGAAUAAUGUGUCCCUGAAAAAAGGGGGGGGGUCAAAAUUAGAACUCAAAUGUAACAGUCAGUAUCUGGUGUGGCCACCAGCUGCAUUAAGUACUGCAGUGCAUCUCCUCCUCAUGGACUGCACCAUAUUUGCCAGUUCUUGCUAUGAGAUCUUACCCCACUCUUCCAACAAGGCAACUGCAAGUUCCCGGACAUUUCCUGGGAGAAUGGCCCUAGCCCUCACCCUCCGAUCCAACAGGUCCCAGAAGUGCUCAAUGGGUUUGCGAUCCGAGCUCUUCGCUGGCUAUGGCAGAAUACUGACAUUCCUGUCUUGCAGGAAAUCACACACAGAACGAGCAGUAUGGCUGGUGGCAUUGUCAUGUUGGAGGGUCAUGUCAGGAUGAUGUCUUCCCUGUAACGCACAGUAUUGAGAUUGCUUGCAAUGACAACAAGCUCAGUCCGAUGAUGCUGUGGCACACGCUCCGGACCAUGGCAGACCCUCCACCUCCAAAUCGAUCCUGCUUUGGUGUAAUGCUCAUUCCUUCGACGAUAAACUCAAAUCUGACCAUCGCCCCUAGUGAGACAAAACAGCAACUUGUCAGUGAAGAGCACUCUUUGCCAGUCCUAUCUGGUCCAUCGAUGGUGGGUUUGUGCCCAUAGGCGACAUUGUUGCCAGUGAUGUCUGGUGAGGACCUGCCUUACAACAGGCCUACAAGCCCUCAGUCCAGCCUCUCUCAGCCUAUUGCAGACAGUCUGAGCACUGAUGGGGGGAUUGUGCAUUUCUGGUGUAACUCGGGCAGUUGUUGUUGCCAUCCUGUUCCUGUUCCGCAGGUUUGAUGUUCAGAUGUACCAAUCUUGUGCAGGUGUUGUUACAUGUGGUCUGCCACUGCAAGGAUGAUCAGCUGUCCGUCCUGUCUCCCUGUAGCACUGUCUUAGGCGUCUCACAGUACGGACAUUACAAUUCAUUGCCCUGGCCACAUCUUCAGUCCUCAUGCCUCCUUGCAGCAUGCCUAAGGCACGUUCACGCAGUUGAACAGGAACCUUGGGCAUCUUUCUUUUGGUGUUUUUCAGAGUCAGUAGAAAGGCCUCUUUAGUGUCCUAAGUUUUCAUAACUGUGACCUUAAUUGCCUACCGUCUGUAAGCUGUUAGUGUCUUAACGACCGUGUUCAUUCAUUGUUUGUGGUUAAUCGAACAAGCAUGGGAAACAGUGUUUAAACACUUUACAAUGAAGAUCUGUAAAGUUAUUUGGAUUAUUACGAAUUAUCUUUGAAAGACAGGGUCCUGAAAAAGGGACAUUUCUUUUUUUGCUGAGUUUAUGUAAACAAAACGUGCAUAUUUAUUGCCUAAGGUUAAACAACAUGAUGAUGUAACUAUGUUUUCUUCUUUGGAAGAUAAUGUUACAGUUUAUCACUUGUGUUACUAUCUGGAUGCUUUUGGUAGAGCAGUUUUAUGACUACCAAGCAGUGGAGGCUGGUCGGAGGAGCUAUAGGAGGACGGGCUAAUUGUAGUGUCUGGAAUGGAAUAAAAGGAACAGAAUCAAACGUGGUUUACGUAUGUUUGAUGUGUUUAAUGCCAUUCCAGCCAUUACAAUGUGCCUGUCCUCCUAUAGAUCGUCCCACCAGCCUCCACUGCUACCAAGUGACUGUUUUUUGUGCUUUUUUUAUGGUUACAAUGCAUGGUUAGCUAUUUAUUACAAUAUGGAAGUCGCUGAGAUGUGUAUUUUUGUAUUCAGAUUAAAUAAAUGGUUCAAAUUUGUUGUA